AUGCCGUGCUCCUGGUCGCGACGCUGCCGAGCCGCAGACAAUGGCCUUCCAUCGCCGUCGUCGAGCCCCGAUGUCGAGAGCUGGGGCCAAAUCCGCCGGCAUCACCUCCGCAUGAUGCGAAAGCAGGUCCGCAGCAUCGUUCUGCUGAUGGCAUUGAUUGAAGCCAUCCGUGUCGGCCCGGUCCAGAUGGUGUAUGCUGGUCGUCAAGGAUAUGCUGCUCCCGGCCCGGAAGAUUUUGGAAUUGCAUAUAGCGUCGGAUACUUUCUCAGUUGGCUCUACCUGUGCGUCUUCAUGGUUGUCUUCGUGCCCCUUUUCAGCUGGUGGGUGCCUGUGACCUCGUCUGAAUCCAAGAAGACCGAGAAAAUCGUCGAGAUCCUGCAGAAGAUCAACAUGGUCCUCCUCCCUCUGAGCAUUGGCAUCAGCCUCGUGACCUACAUCUACUACACCAUCCAGACCUUGAUCUACGUGGAUUCUCGCACGAUCGGGUCAAAGAGCUUCCCCAAGAACACUCGGCAAAACUGGUUGGUGCGUUUGUUCUUGCUCGGAGGCAUUUUGGUUUCGACCUCUUUCGGCUACGGUGCUUUCCAGAUCCUGGCGGAUAUGGACCUGGCCCAUGUAAAGACGCUGGAAUAUUCUAUCAUUGUCGUUCCCGUUCAGAUCAACAUUGGUCUCUUGUGGGGUACGCUGAUGCAAUACAAAAUGGAGAAGCGUAUCGCGAGGAACGAGGCAGCCAAGGCUCAAAAGGUCGGUGUCGAGGUUGGCACAGUCGACGAGAAAGCCGCUCUACUGGAGGUGUAG